GUUAUCGAAGCUAAAUAAUACAAAUGGCUUCCACAUCGAGACUGGACAACAACAAGGUGUGCUGCUAUGCACACCCCGAAGCUCCAUUGAUCGAGGACUACAGGGCAGGCGACAUGAUUUGCCCGGAAUGUGGUCUCGUUGUUGGCGACCGCGUUAUUGACGUCGGAACCGAAUGGCGAACUUUCAGCAAUGAUAAGAGUGGCGUCGAUCCCAAUCGUGUCGGUGGUCCCGAGAAUCCCCUGCUCAGCGGUGGCGAUCUAUCCACCAUCAUUGGCCCGGGCACGGGCCCAGCUUCCUUUGAUGCCUUUGGUGAACUCAAAUAUCAAAACAGACGUACAAUGAGCAGCUCGGAUCGCUCGUUGAUAUCUGCAUUUAGGGAGAUUGCCUCCAUGGCCGAUCGGAUUAAUUUGCCGAAAACAAUCAUCGAUCGCGCCAACAACUUGUUCAAACAGGUCCAUGACGGCAAGAACCUGAAGGGCCGAUCCAACGAUGCCAAAGCAUCUGCUUGUCUGUAUAUAGCUUGUCGCCAGGAAGGAGUGCCUCGUACCUUCAAGGAAAUCUGCGCUGUUAGCAAGAUCAGCAAAAAAGAAAUUGGCAGAUGCUUCAAAUUGACCCUGAAGGCCCUGGAAACCAGUGUGGAUUUGAUAACAACGGCAGACUUUAUGUCUCGCUUUUGCUCCAAUUUGGACCUUCCGAACAUGGUUCAACGCGGAGCCACGCACAUUGCCAAGACAGCCGUCGAUAUGGAUAUUGUUCCGGGCCGUUCUCCCAUAUCCGUGGCUGCCGCUGCCAUUUAUAUGGCCUCACAGGCAUCGGAGCAGAGGCGUAGUCACAAGGAAAUCGGCGAUAUAGCCGGUGUGGCCGAUGUCACCAUCAGGCAGUCCUACAAACUAAUGUAUCCCCAUGCCGCCAAGUUAUUUCCCGAAGACUUUAAGUUUGCCAUACCAAUCGAACUGCUGCCGCAAAUGUAAAAAUUUCAUUCAUUCCGAUGCUCAUUACUCAUGCUAACUGGAAGGGGCUAAAUGGAAAAACUGUUCUUAACUAAAUAUUAAAAAUAUGUAAGAUUUAAUGAAAUAAAAAGUUAGCAUAACCAAAAA